AUGGCGGGAUCCCACCGCCGUAAUUUAACCGACGUGUUGCACACGCCGUCUCCCGGCUCGCAGGACCCGGAUAGUCCACUCCCUCCCAUCUUCAACAACAACCACAACAAUCCCGGUCCGAUAUAUCCCCCACCUGGAUCGGCAGCCUCCGAUGACGAUGCGAGCCAUCUCUUCGACGCUCUCAUAACGGAAAUCAUGGAGGAACAGGAGGCCGUCUCCUUGUCGUCGACCUUUCCCAACCCGCCGUCGUUUUGGAGAGACUUUACGCCCGACAAGAUUGCGCGCUACGAGCAGCUGCGCAACGAACACGAUGAGGGAGAAGCCAAUGGCAGGACGACUGGCGAUGAAGGCUACAGGCCGCAGACGCGAAUCGAAAAUCUCCCCGAAGAGCUGACGUACCUGCAGCCGCCUGCAGAGCCUACCGAUGGACGAUGGCGCGUGUUUGGUGAUCAGUACAUGCUCAACGACCAGCUACCCACCCUCCAGGAGCAGGGCAUCACCAACCUCCCCGCGACGGGCCAGUCGAGCGCGCGCGACGCCAAGCACUACGACCGCGCCUUUGAGCUCAAGCGUCUGUCCAAGUCGCUGCUGCUCAACUUCCUGGAGCUGACAGGCGCGCUGUCGCGCAGCCCGUCGCAGGCCGAGGCCAAGGUGGAGGACCUGCGCACGCUCUUCAUCAACGUGCACCACAUCCUCAACGAGUACCGCCCGCACCAGGCGCGCGAGUCGGCCAUCGAGAUGAUGCAGGACCACCUGGACCGCACCCGCACUGAGACGCUCGCGAUACGGACGCAGGUCGAUAAGGCGAAGCGUCUGCUGGAGGGUCUCGGUAGCCUGAGCCUCGGCGGCGACGGCGCGACGCAGCAGCAGCGACCGGCGGAGCGAAAGCAGCAGCAGGCGGCUGAGGGUAAGGGCGGCGCGGACGGCAUAGAUUGGGAAAUGGAACGGCGGAUUUGGGCGUCUGUGGACGACUUGUUUUCAUGA